CUCUGCUGUUUUAGAGGGCACGUUUUCCAAUGGUAACCAAGUCACACACUCAUGGUGGCCUAACUUGCUUAACCCAAUUCGUAAAAUUUGGAGGACAACCAACUCUUAGAUGGCCUUGUGGCUUCUGACUAAGCAUGGUUCCAUAUGGAUUCAUCUCUUCCACAAUGCUGGAACAGAUAUGAUAAAAACUAUUUUCUACGGAUUCUUUCCCAAAGGCAGUUUUCCUUGUGGUUGUUGGGUAUUGUACUUAAAAUGGUUCGAAGGCUAGUUUUGGAAAAUGUGAUGUGCUCUUGUGCCUAUUUGUAGGCCUGUUAUAAAUAGGUUUGGCAGGGUACACAUGCUCAUGUUUGUUUGGAAAUUGCACAGUGCCUUGAGCCGGAGAGAGUGGUGGGUCCUUAUACAAAGAGACAAAAGGAAAGCUAUGAAUGCUGCUAUCUCCCAGAUUUAGACCAUAACAGAUUACAGCCACAGAAGAAAACCUCAUUUGUUUUGAUGGAUGUACAUCAUCAUCUGUUGCCUUCUCUGAGGACGUUUCUCCUGGGAAUUUAAGUUUGAAAGAGAAACGGUAUCUGUUGGAGAAUGAGUUCCAGGAGGCUGAUGACCCGCUCCUACUCUGCGGGGGACGGGAGGUCCAGCUCCCACAAUGGAGAUGAUGUCAUAGGGAGUAGCAGAGCCAGUAGCCGCAGCUACCUCUCUGAUGUCAGGCCUGAAAACAGCUACUCCAGUCACAGCUAUUCUCAGUACAGGCCAACAAGGAGCACACUACAUUUUGUUAUGGCACAAUUUAACGGAGGAGACCCAGCCAUCCUUUGAGACGACAUUAAAGUCAAGAGCCGUAUCUGAAACCUGUAGCAUCAAGUUCACCUGUGAGGUGUCAGGUCACCCCGCUCCUGAAGUGACAUGGUAUAAAGAUAAUUUGCAAUUGGACAGAUACUGUGGACUACCUAAAUACAACAUUUCCCACAAUGGACAAAACCAUUCACUGCACAUUUACAAUUGCACUGUGGAGGAUGCAGCCAUCUACCAGGCGUCAGCCAGGAACAACAAAGGCAUUGUGUCCUGCUCUGGAGUCCUUGAGGUGGGGACGAUGAGCGAAUACAAGAUCCACCAGCAGUACUUCGCCAAGAUCAAACUGAAGGCCGAAAACACACGCAGAGAGCUGGAAGAGCCCAAGCCGUGGGACAAGGAGAACCACGGGUCUCCUGGUAGUCGGCAGGAAACACUGAGGACCAUCAGUCCAGACCGGUCCCAGAGGAAGCGACGGUCCCCUAUGGACCCCAGCCUCAGUGCCCCCAGCUUUAUGGAGGAUGAAGUGGUUGAGGAGAGCACUCAGGCUCAUGCUGGGGAGGCAGAGGCCAGGCUACAGGACACACCUGUGGUGGGAGAAGAAAAACGGGAAUCUAACAGGGCUGGGUCUUCCAAUGUCAAUGGACAGGCAGCCAUUACAGAAAAUAGCAGCAACAAAGGCCGGACGUAUGUUUACGAUUCAGUGCAGAAGUCUUUUGCUCCACACACACCAAAAGCAUCACUGGCCAAGAAGACGAUAAAGAUCUCCAAUGGAGAGAAUAGUGGGAUGACGGCUGAUAGCCAAGCAGGGAAGAAGCCUGAGGAGAGAGGGAUGAGUGAAGAAGGAGAGGUCAGUGGGACACCCUGUCUGGUUGAGUCCUCACCCUCACUGGGGUCAUCAGAAGAGGCCCUGGAAGUGGAGAGGGCUGUUGAAACUUCAGCCUCAAAGACAGAGAAUGUAAAAUACAUGAAUCAGUCUGAGAGAGCCCCACUGAACAACACUGUGUCAAUAAUGGAAGAAGUGAAGGUCCAAGUGAAGGAGAAAGUACCUGUACAAACCCCACCACACAAUGGAGAGCCUAGCAUCCUGUCUCCCUCUACUGGGCUCCUCUCUACAGGGGAAACCAUCUCAGGGAAUAAGAGUCAGAAUGCUGCAGUGGCUCAGGUAACCCAAAAUGUUGUAAAUAACAAUAUUAUGGGGAGUACAGUUUCUCCUGUCACCUCAUCACAACUAAGUCCUUCAGCUAAACUAAAACCACAACCAAGUCCUUCAGCUAAACUAAAACUACAACCAAAUCCUUCAGCUAAAUUAAAACCACAACCAAGUCCUUCAGCUAAACUAAAACCACAACCAAGUCCUCCUUCAGCGAAAUUACAAUCACAACCACGUCAACCAAGUCCUCCUUCUGUGACGUCACAACCACAACCAAGUCCUUCAGCAAAACCACAGCCACAACCAAAUCCUCCUUCUGCGAAACUACAACCACACCCAUGUCAAUCAAGCCCUUCCGUAAAAUCACAACUAGGCCCCUCAUUACCACCACAACCAGAUCCUCCUUCUGGGAAACUACAACCACAACCACGUCAUUCAAGUCCUUCAGUAAAACUACAACCAGGUCCCUCAGUAACACCACAACCACAACCAGAUCCUCCUUCUGCGAAACUACAACUACAACCACAACCACAAAUACGUCAACCAAGUCCUUCAGAGAAACUCCAAGCAAGUCCUUAUGCGAAACCACAAUCACAACAGAGUCCUUCUGCAAAACUACAACCACAACCACGUCAACCAAGUCCUUCAAUGAAAUUACAACGACAACCACUUCAACCAAGUCCUUCCCCGAAUUUACAACCACAACCAAGUUCCUCUGUCACACCACAACCACAAGCAAGUCCUUCAGUAACAACUCCACAGGUUUUGAGCAACACACCAGAGAACAUUAAAACCCAUCAAAGCAACGUAACAGACAUUGAGGUAGACGAUAAGCCUUCUGUCCUGGAACACCUAAACAGCACCACUACUCCCCUAAAAGGUCAAACUAAAUGCCCGGGGAAGGAUUCAGCAUCAGUGCUUGAGGUGCUAAACUCAGAUACUUAUUCCAUCCAUGGAACUGGAACUGCAGUUGAAGUUGCUGGGGAAUCAGUGGAGUCAGUACUAACAUCACCCUGUAAGAGCAGCGAGGCUGUCUCUGCCUUGCCUCAGCGUCUGUGUGAACAGUCAGGAGAUCAGCUGUCUGUGGAGGAAACAAGCACGUGCCUAAAGAAUGUGUCUUUGUCUCGGCUGCCUGCGCAGCUGGGUGGGGAGGUUACACAGAACCACAGACAGACAGAGAGAGAGUGGAAGGGAACACCUGUCGGGCAAGAACCUGUAAUACUAACCAUCCGGAGAAAGCUGGACGGACAAUCACCUUCGCCACGACAACGUUCUCCAUCGUCAUCGGACAGAGAAGUCACAGCAAAUGCCAAUAAACGAUCUCCUACUUUGCACAUUCCUCCGAGCCAAUCGGCCUCUGACAAAAUGACGCAGGGCACACAGGAUCAUUCCAGGGGAUCAAAUGAGAGCCAUACAUUACCUUUUACAGAGUCACUAAAGUCACCCCUGGAAAGCCCGGGUGUUGGUGAGAAAACCUUGGGGUGUAGUGUUUCCUCAGUAGGCCAGCAAGGCCAAGUUGAGAUAGCUAUAAAAACCGUUGGUGAGACAGAAAUACAAGUUGACGUUAAAGUACAGGGUAAUAAUUUGGCUGAGUUAUAUGCACAGGGAGACAGUUAUGAGAGAAGAGUUGACAUGGAAACUGUUUAUAAAGUUAGCAAAGUUCAGGAAGGUGAAAUUGAAAGACUUACUAAAGCACCUGAAAAGAAAACCGUUGAAAGUAUAGCAGUGGCUGUAUGGGAUGAGAAGAGUAUACCUGUGUUGAAGAUAGCAGAAUGCCAAGAUCUUUCUCUAAAUCCCCGCUUUCAGCCUAUUAUUCCAGACACAUCACAGACGGCUGACACAACAACAAGUGUCCCAAACACAAACAUCUCAGAGCAACAAACAAAAGCCCCAACACCUGUAGCCAAAGUCAUGUCUAUUGCCGAGAUUCUAAGGUCACAAAUGGAGAAAAGUGCCCCUACAGAAGUAAGUCCAGUGUCACCCAUUUCAGAUGCACCCAUUUCAGUGGCACUUAUUUCAGUAGCUACCAUUUCAAUGCCCCUUAUACAAAGUCUAAACACAGACCAACAACCUAAAUGUCCCCCAUCAACUGACAUACAGGAUGUGAGAAUGCAAAGUCCAGAGUUGAGGAUGGAUGAGACAGAGUACAGGCAGGAACCUGAGAAAGACACUUGUAAGAAGGAAACCAAUAUGUCUGUCAGUUCUAUUUCAGUUUCAAAUGUAGAAUAUAGAUUUAAUACCUCUGAACCAGAACGAGUUGAGUCCCCCAUAGUUAGUCCUAUGACUGAAGCCUCACCUAAAGCUUUUGUUAUUCCUCCUAUCUCUAUUGUAGACAUGUAUGGCACUUUAGAGAACAGUAAUCCUCCUGUAUGUAUAGUAAUGGACAUUGAAAGUGUCAUGGAUACAGAGCGGGAACAUCUUUUGGAUCAUAAUGCUGAUAUUAGUCUGGCUGCGAAUAAGGAUGGUCAAAAAGAAUCUUCUCUUGUUACUCCUGAGCAGAAGCCCUUGGACACUACAGUUCCUCCUCCAUCCAUCUCAUCUGUUACCUUUCCUGCAGAGAAACAACAAACACUAGAAAAUACAGUCAAAGGGAUGGAUUCUUCACCAUCACUGCCUCCAGUGUUCAGCAGUCAACAUGGCAGAGACCAAAGGUGUGCUUCUCCCCUUUCGGAGCGUUCCACAGAAUCUAGCUCACUUCCUAGUGCCACUGAGAACCAACGUUUUUCUACAAAAAAUACAGGAUUUAUAAACAACUUUGCAACCCCAACAUUGCAACCUGUCAGUGAAAAACGGAGAGACUCUUCACCAGAUACUGGCAUGAUUUUUGGUUGGAGUGAAGCAUGCAAACCUGAUGUUCCUCAGCCUGGUCCUCAGACUGUACGAAGGUUUGAUACCAACGGGUUCCCCAAGUAGU